CCAUCAUUACUAAUAUCAAAAUCAAAGUAACAAAGUUACUUUCUUUUCCUCUCACCCACUUCCACCUAAGAUUUAGACCGUUGCUAAAUUAAACCUUUUCACUUUGUCAAGUUCUACUACAUUGAUGAAAGGCAAAGAAUCUCUAAGUAUAAGCUGUAUUAAACUGUUGAUUAUUCAAUCAGCCACAGAUACAAAAAAGACACUACCCAAACCUUCAAAUUCUUCAAAAAUUCUUCUCAUUCAUCAUGGCUGACACAAAAACAAACAGCAAAAUCUCACUGCCUCAAACCCAUCAACCAAACCCCAAUCUUGAGCCUCUCUUGCAUGCCCUUGAUCCCAUAUCACUGAUCCUCAACCAGAAUUCCAAUUCUGACAACCCUUUUCCUCUGAGACUCACCUCAGUAGACAGUUUCGUGUUGGAGAGAGGACCCAAUUACACUGCGUAUGCCGAGUUGAGAGAAUCCAGGUUGCACAUGAAGUGUUUGAUGCAAGACCGGAAACAACAGGCUCAGGUAUCGGAACCAACCACAAAACCUGCAACACCACCAAGGAAGAAACAGGUCAAGUUUCAAGCUUGUGAGAAAAUCUCAAAAGGGUCCUUUUCUAUUGCUCAGUCGGUGCCAGAUUUUUCUGCUGCGUUAAGGAAAGAGAAUAGGAAGCCUGUGAAUACUCCGCCUUCAAUGACACCACCAAGCAAGAGUGGUAAUGGGGUGGUUUUGAGUUCAAGGGGGAGCAAGUCAGUCAGUGUGAUGGCUCGGAAGAGCUAUGCCUGCAUUGAUGAACUUAAGGUUUUGUCUUCUGCUACAGCCAUUGCCAUCAAUGGUGAAGGUAGAGGUGGAGGAAGGAGUAACAAGGUGAUGGGAAAGACAGUUUCAGGACACACCAGACAGUUUUGAAUGCUGGUGUUCUGGAAAUGUUGUUUCCUUAAAUUUGGACUUGUUCUUUAUUGGUUGAAUUUGUUGGCUUUGGGAGGCUCUGGAAAUGGUUGUGUGAUUUAUCUUUUUAUUUCCAUUCAUUCUAUUUUCUGAUCUCUUUCUGAGGAUCCUACUGUAUAAUGUAAACUUGUAAAGUUAAGGUGUAUGUAAAAGUGUUUCUCGCUGUAACACUGAUAUAGGAAAUACACAGUUUUGCAUUUCUUCUUUAAA